CAAGCGCAAUCUCAGCUUCUUCUUUCCCGACAUGGUUCUGGGUGGAACAGGUUCGGUAGGAGUCAGAGAACACUGAAGGUAAACAAUCAGAGAUCUCCAAAAAAAAAAGAAAUGAUGAUGGGAGUGAAGUGCAUGGUGGCUUUCAUGGUUUGACCUUCUGAAAUCUACUGACUAAAGAAGUGAAGAACUUACACUCAUCCGUGAAGUCUGAAUUGGAAUUAUCGCACCAUGAAGAUCUCAGAAGGAGUGCUGGACUUGGGAACGACGGAUUACACGGUGGCACUGGACCCGAGCUACACCAUCCUGGAGUUUGACAGCCUCAAAGUUCUCCCAGUGGACACAGAAUUGCUCAGGCCCGAGCCGUCCCCCGUAGCCACGGCUGGGCUGCCCCAAGCCUCUGCGCCUUUGUGCUCCAUCUGCGCAGAUAAGGCCACUGGGAAACACUAUGGGGCAUCCAGCUGCGACGGCUGCAAGGGCUUCUUCAGACGGAGUGUGCGCAAGAACCACGCCUACACAUGCAGGUUCAGCAGGCAGUGUGUGGUGGAUAAGGACAAGAGGAAUCAGUGUCGAUACUGCAGACUAAGGAAAUGCUUUAGGGCUGGCAUGAGGAAAGAAGCUGUGCAGAAUGAACGAGACAGGAUCAGCUGCCGUAGAGAAGCUCCGGGAGUUGGGACUCUGACCAUCAACGUCCUACUGAAAGCAGAAGAGAGCACACAUCAGUUCUUGGCUCUGAUUCAUCCCAUGAGAGACGUUAUCGCAAAGAAGAUCGCUCGCACUGCUGACGUUUGCGAAUCCAUAAAACAGCAGCUCCUCCUGCUGGUGGAAUGGGCGAAACGCAUCCCAGAGUUCUGUGAGCUGCCGGUGGACGACAGGGUCAGCUUGUUACGAGCUCACUCAGCCGAGCACCUCAUCCUGGGCGUGGCUCGCCGGUCCCUACCCUACAACGAUGUAAUCCUGCUGGGAAAUGACUUCAUCAUCCCUGUAAAUGGUCCAGAGAUCGAGAUGUCCAAAUUGGCAGCGCGUGUCUUAGAAGAGCUGGUCAGGCCUCUGAGAGAGCUGGACAUAACCGACACAGAGUUCGCCUGCCUCAGGGCCAUCGUCUUCUUCGCUCCGGACUGCCCGGGGCUGGAGUGUUCUCAGAUGGUGCGCAGGCUCCGUUUCCAGGCUCACGUUUUGCUGGACGAGGCGACGUGCGAGCAGCGUGGCCGGUUUGGGGAACUUCUCCUGCUGCUGCCUCCUCUGCAGGGCACCGCCUGGCACAUGGUAGAGCAGCUCCAGCUCGCCCGCCUCUUAGGAGAAGCCAGCAUGGACAGCCUGCUGCAGGAGAUGCUGCUCGGAGAGUCAGCCACAGGCUCAAACCCAGAAGAGCUUGUGUUCAGCCCCCCUGUUGAUCCGGUUUUGCCACGAAAUCUACACCAAGAACACGCAGCACUGCCAAACUUCACCUCCGUCAUCCUCCCUGUACCGUCCUCUCUAGCUGGAGUUCCUCUGCUUGCCGUACAGCCUGGCACUCAGCUCUACACACACACGCCAGCUGCAGAAAUGACACUGGAGAUAGACAGCUCUCUCACCAAGCCUUCAGUCCACACAUGUCACUGAGCAGACAGACAGACAGACAGACAGACUGACACUCACACUGUUCAUGUUUAAUAAUGUCCAUGUCGAUAUAAAGAAUCUUUAGUGCUUCAUGUUCCUUUUCAAACCAAGACGACGGGAAAUGCCACCGUAAAGAUCAACAUAAAAUAUCAAUGCAAUGUCAUUUUUGACCAACACAUGUCUUUGUAACUUUGGCUUGUUGUCCAUUAAAGGUGCUCAACACAAAUAAAAAGGAUUUAUGUUGAUUGACCAUAUGAUAUAAACAUGGACUGUUUUUUUUUCAUAAAGAAAGAAGAAGUAAGAAAAUAAGUAAAAAUUUACAAAGUAAAAAUUAAGUAAAUGAUUACCAGCAGGGGGCGAUGAAAUUCCUAACAACAUAUAUAAAUCGCAGGUAGAUGAUUGGAUGAUGUUGAUGCAACGUAAUUUUCUAUCAUUCUUCUUAAAAUGUAACUCUUAGAUCUAUUGGAACAUUUAUCCGGUCACACGUUUCUUUUUAAAUGACGACUCUAUCUAAGAAUGUAGAUACCGUGAGGGAGUUUGCAUGAAGGACCUUCAAUCUGAUUCAUCUUCAUCAUUUGGAGAGGAGUGUGGCGAUUAAAUACAUCACCACCAGCAGGGGGAGCUCAUGCUCCUGAGUGGCACAACGAAACUUUUGCCUCCAUCUUCUAAAAUAGCAAACAUGCUAAACUCACCCCGCUCCGCUCACACACUCUGUUCCUUACAGAGCAGACUCCUUCUUUUGGGCCGUCUUUUGUACUAUCACAUGUUCAAUUAUGAUUUGGACCAGUUGCUUUUUUAACCUUAAGUUUCAUUUAAAUCCAUUAAUUCUGUGCAUUCUGAGCUCUCUCUGUUCACCAUUAUAUCAUCUGGGUUUUUUUUUAUUUUAUUUUACAAUAACAGGACAUUUUAUUAGGCAUUCUACUGUAUAUAAACACACGUACACAUGUACUGUUAUUAUUACAUUUUAGUUAUUGAAUAAAGUUGAGAAAAAUC